AUGUCUAUCAGUGUCAUCUCAGCAUCUGGCCUCAAGAUUCGCAUUGACGAUGUGUGCGCGUUGAUAAACGACGAUAGAUCCUGGCCGCAAGAUAUUCGCAACUGGUACAACGGCCUCUCCGGCAAGAUCUAUGACUUGAGCGAUCAGCUCGGCACUACGCGCGCCCGGCUUUCCAGGAUCCAGUCUGGCGAGCGCAAGCGUCUUGCGUCUCUGGGUUACGUGUUCGAGCGUGCACCUAUCCCUGCUUCACGAGAACGCUACGUGCCAUGGGGCUCACUACCGCCACCGCCACCCAGCCCGUCUGUCGCGCCAGAUAUGCAACAUCCGCCUGCCUCCAAUGCCCCAUCCGCCUCUUCUACCACUCAAGUCUCCUCUACUCCGACUGCCACACCUUGUUUCGGCCCCCCCUUUGUACCAGCACUGGCUGACCCUGCUGCCAUCGCCCCACCUAGUCGUCCCACCGGCUCUCCUUUCCAGCCCGUCGACUCGACGCGCCACAACGAUACACUCGUCGGAAACCCCGCUUUGUCGCCUACGCACUAUAUCAUCUCCGACGCCGAUUUCAAGUCAUUGCUUUCCGUCCGCCUGAUCUCUCCUCAAUCCCGGAGUGGCGGCCGGCGUCAGUGCGCGAGUCGUCGGACGGUCCUCCUGCAGUUCGGCAGGAAGUUGCUCGGUCCUCACACUCCAUCCGGCCGCCGCACAGAGGUCAUCGUACCGACAGAGAAACUCGUGAGCUCCCGUACAGAGGCGAUCGCAGGUGCGAUGCGCCACUCUGCUGGGGCAUACUCGCACGGCCGUACAGGCACAACCUAUUCUUCGGAGGACGUCGAUAUAGAGGCCCAGACACGUACGCUGGAUUGCGCGUCUGACUCGGACAGCAGCGAAUGGUCCGACGUGUGA